AUGCCUUCUUGCCGGCACACCGAAUGCUCUGGCAGCCACCGCAGCUCUGGACAAAGCUCGCACAGCUCAUCGUCUUCUCGACCGAUGUACGCCUCGUCCGGAAGGCCACAGCUGUGGCAGUGCUGCAAGUGCUCUGGCGGAUGGUACAACUACGACAUCAACGCUUCUUGCCCAAUGUGCCACGCCUGGCGAUGCGACAACUGCCGCUACUCCAUGUCAUAG